UCUGUGCGUCAAACCUGAAAAAGAAGAUUGGUUUUACAUACAAACUGUCAAGAGGUGAGAGCAGCGAUGCCAACCUUUCAGGCACUCUGUAAGUUUAUGGUUUUAUAUCAUUUCUCCGAAACCUAAACGACACAUUCAUGCCCACUGUUAAAGUUUAAACCUGAGAAACCGAACAGACAUUAAGGGUUCGGUUCUAAUGCGGACAAAAUGGCUGAGUAACACUUGUUUACACUGCCGAACCAGCGGGUGUUCUGGUGUAAACAGUGACUCUGUUAACUGGCGACUUUCAGCCGAAGGCGUCCCUUUGCUUAUGUAUGUAGUUUAUGAUUAACGACAGUUUUAACAAGUUUAAUUUGCCUUUAUGAUGCGAAACAAAUGAGUGUGAUUUCGCGGGGUCUUUCUCCGCCUUUAGGUCGUCAUUGUAACCGUUAUAACCACUGAAACAACCGGCCGAGAGUCCUCAGGUAACACGGAAACUCUUCGGAUCAGAACACCGAGCAGUUAGCAUACUGCUAAUGUUAGCCAUCGUUAGCCUCAUUUAUUUUAAAACGCUGAGAUUAUCAGGAGCUGAAGACAUGUACACCGUUAGAUAAAGAGGUUUACUUAACCUUCACCGACUCUGUUUGGUGUUUAUUACCGAGUAAUAUCGAGUACUUUAACAUUACGGUGACAUUCACAGUAUUAAUCAUCAGUAGCUCAGCCCUAGCUUAUUUUAAUUUCCAUUAGCUCAAAUAUUAAUGAACCUGCUGCGGUGAAAUAUCGUUACAUUAACUCAAACUAACUUUAAUAUUACAUUUUGACUGCAUGACUAUACUUAAGAUGUUACAACUCUUAGUUUAGUGCAUAAAAAAGCAGAAUUGUACACUUUAAUCUGCCAGGGCCUUACAGGGACGUGUCCAGGCUUUACGACCUGGGGCCCACUGACUCAGGGGGGGUUAUCGCUGUCAUGCACAACAGUGUGUAAACAAUUAAAAAAGGUCGACAAUGAUAGCAGGGAUAUUAAACUUUCACAUCAUGAUUAUUAUUAUCAUCAAUAUUAAAACGGUAUUAUUGAAAUAUGUUGAAAAUAUUGAUAAAGUACUUAUAAACACCCUGAAAUCAUUUGACAAAGUUUUAGUUUGAAAAAACAAUCAAUAUAACACGCAGAGUGAACUUUUCUUUAACCUUAAAUAUUGUAUUUUUCGCACUAUAAGGUGCACUUCAAAUCCUUUUGGCUUGUCGGAGCACUGCAGCUACUGUAGCCUCGCGGAGUUAUUGAAUGAGUUAAAUAAAGUUUGACUUAUCUGAGUGUUUUCUUUGGCUUAAUACACUUUAUAAUCUGGUGCGCCUUAUGUAUGAAAAUAGACGCGAAUAGACGCUUUCAUUGAUGGUGCGCCUUAUAAUCAGGUGCACCUUAUAGUGCGAAAAAUACGGUAACAGAGGAACGAUAAGCUUAAAAAAUUAAAGAUGGGGCCUUAAAAGAGCCAGAGGUCAUCAACACAAGUAAUAACAAAGUACAAAGUAAUGUGCCGGUGGUAUAAACAUGAACAUAAUAACAAAUAAAUAACAUUUAAAUAAAAUGAUUUUCCCUUAUUGUGCAAAUUGUAAGAAUCUUCAGUGUUUAAAAAGAUCGACUCUUACAAAUAUAAAACAGAGCAACACGACUAUAUGAAACAAAACAACCACAUGUAGACAAAGGUGUAGUCAGGUGUUUAAAAUAACAUCAAAUAUGUAAACUAAUCCAAUGUCUGUUUUCUCCACCAUAAAGUAGUGCUGCUGACUUUGGUCACUACUUGAGAUUGAAAUGUAAGAAUGUCAGCAGAUUAACUCUCCUGGUUUGAGAGUAGUUAUCUGCCCACUGGCACUGAAUAGCCGCUCAGACGGCACACUGGUUCCUCCUCUUUCACGCAACCCUUUGUAGAAGCCGAAAUACGCCCAGACUUCGGACUUUGUUUUCUUUGACAGCGGAAAAAUCUCUGCAACGCGGUCGGCAGAACUGCCCUCCGCCAUGUUUACAAGUUGUAUCCUGUGCAGUUUUACCUCUUUUCUUAUGAUUUCAAUAAACUCAGUUCUCCUGCAGACACACAGUCCUGGUUUCUGAUGGUGAUGCUUCAGAAGCGGGUUGUUGUGCUCAGAGAUGUGAGGUCUUUGUCUGUUUGUUCUGCGUGACAGUUUUAGAGCAUCAGAGAUUGGGACUGCAGAGUCAGGGUUCAACAUUCGGAGGCAGGAUUUCAGACUCAAGGUUAGAUGCAGAGUCCGAGCUGCAGAACCAGAGCUGCAGAACCAGAGCUCAACACUAAAAGCUGCACACUCAGACCUGUUCUGAAAUCACUGAUCCAAGAUUUAACAUCAGUUUUAACAUCUCAGUGCUCAGUCUACCUGUAUGUCUUUAAGGACUUCAAUGUGUGCGGCUCGUCUCUGCUGCACGUAGACGAAGAAAGCAGUCAUUAAAGUCUGCAGAGAGGGGGCGCUGUUGGCCUUGUGGCUCAAGCACAUCUGCUGUACAGAGGCUUUUGUCACGAAGUAGGGGGGCAGGGUUUGAUCCCAGGCCGUGGUCCCUUUCUGCUCGAUCCACUGUCCUUUCCCCGCCAAAAUAAAAGCAUAAUGGUUUUAAAGAAGAGUUGUAAGUAGUGAUGCACGAUAUGAAAAAUUUCAACCGAUACCGAUAACCAAUAAUUUUCUUCUUCUCAUGGCCGAUACCGAUACCGAUAACCGAUAAAUUCAUAUUUUUACAUUUAUUAUAAUCUUCAUAUAAUCUGCAGUUUGUGCAGGAUGCAGUGAUUGAAAACUGAUGUUUUUGUUGCUCUGGCCUAUCUAGAACAACAAACAAAAGUUUUUGGCUCUUCAAAUGUUUAUUUUUUCCAUGUCAUCACAAAAAUAUGUGGUCAUUAGCUAUAAAUAACAAUAACAGAGCAAAAAGCAGAACUUCAUUUGAUCCCCUGAACUGUUCAACAGAACUGUAAACUGUAAAGGAGCUAUUAUGAGCCGUUAGGCUUAGCAUGCUGACCGGACUGACAUCUGACGUCCAUAUGUCUGUGGUAAAACUCACGUGUAGUCCGUUCUUGUCGAUCAGGUUGUGAAUGUAUGUGGCGACAAUAUCAUAGAGUGCAGGAAGAGACACAUCCGAGAAGAAGCGGCGGCUUGGGAGAGUGUAACGUGGCUCCAAGUGUGCUAUGAACUUACGAAAACCCGGGUUCUCAACGACGGAAAAAGGCUGGUCGUCGACCGCUAUGAACUCCAUCACUUUGUCGUUAAUGGCUUUAGCCUUUUCGCUGUCUCUUGAGAAGCUUUUGCAGUUUUCAAACGCCUGCUGAAUGGGGACAUCGAUCCUCCGUAGUGUUGUUGUCUUAGCUUUAGUACCGCUAGCAGCUUCGGCGGCUGUCUCAUAGUCCUUUUAAUACCGCUUCGCCGCGAUGGCGACUUUUCAGAUGAGCUAUCAGAUUCGCUGUGUUAAUACUUGACGUCUUCUUUCCUCCUCUCGGAAUCCUCGCUGAACAGGUUUUGCAUAUAGCAGCUGUUGUCAUCUUCUGCCACUGAGAGAAACGACCAUGCUGGUGAAGACAUUUUAUUAUCUGUCAGGCAGUGACAGGGGUCAGGCUUGGGACCUGCGAGUAAGGCGCGACGGGCCGCUACUCCGCCUGCAAACGUUACUCGUAAUUUCAUUAAUAUAUCGGAUCUUUCUAUCGGAAAAAUGCACCUAUCGGACCGAUAAAAAAUGACGUAAUUUCCCCCCAAAUCGGCCGAUAUUCUAUCGGUCCGAUAAAUAUCGUGCAUCCCUAGUUGUAAGUAGGUGUCAUUUCCUCUGUAUAUUCUAAUGAGUGAGAUCAGGGCCGAAUGAUCUGCAGACAAGAGCUCUGCAUGCAAAACGUACAGGAAGCAAAUCAACAGAGCAGUUAGAAAUACAGCACACACACUGAUCAGGGUUUGUCUGUCUGAACUGAAUCGACUCUGAUUUUUAUUGAUCUUUAUCGAACUGAUAUGGAAUCAAUGGUGACUGUAACUGAACCCUGGCUGUACAGUCCUGCUGAUACCCGGCUCUGUUCUGAAGGAUGUCUGUGUCUUGUAGGACUCUCAGCCGUGUGACGAUCAGAUGGAGGAGAGGACCGUGAGCGGGUCACGACGUCUGCAGAGACUCCACAGAAACAGGAUGAUCUGAAGCAGCGUCUCUGCUGAAGACCGCGCAUCUUCCUCACCCCUCCACUCUCUGCUCCUCAUCCUCCUCCUCCUCCUCGACCCUUUACCCACCACCUCUGCUGUCCCUCCCCGGCAGAGUGGACCCCUCCCUCCCCCCUGGCCUCGUGUCCUCCCGUCGGCGGCCCACUGCGGCAGCGUGUUGGUGUACGAUGGCGCGGUGGGACGCCCAGGGCUGCCGCGGGGGACUGUGAUGUCAGAGCCCAACAGCCCGGGUGAGAGCCGGCGUGGCGCUCCCAGAUUCUUCGUGGGCUGCGAGGACGAUGAGAGCGAGGUCCCGGAGGACAGCAUGAGGACGGACAUGGAGCUGUACGAGGACGACGAGGACACAGACUCGGUGGGACGACAGGGAAAACAAACACACAAAAAACAGCAGGCUUUCUUUUCUACACACAGACCAGUGUGCAGACUGACACACUCAGACGAGUCACAGUAACCCCCAAUUUCCACCGCAACCCGAAUGGUUACGAAAAGGUCGUAUCCUCCGAUCGUAGCUGAUCGUAACCAUUCAAGUUAACGUGUCAAUUUACACCGACUUCUUUCCGUUCCUCUGCGGAUCGCCGGACUCCUCAGCUGAUCACAAGAGUUCUAUUUUUUCUGGACGCCGGAGCAUGGCGGAUAAAUUCAGCACAGAUUAACCCGUGCUGGAAAGGAAGUCGGGCACAGACACAAAAUAAAACAUCCGGCUUCUUUUCAAAAUAAAACACGAUCGACGAACAAGUGAAAGGUUUUUAGACGUCAUUUCACCCCGAUGACACCAUGGAUGAGGAGAUGCUGAUUCUAGAAGUCUAGAAGUAGAUUUCCUCCUCUGGAAGGACACAAUCUACUGCUUAUAUGUCUAUGUGUCUGUCUUUAGAGAGACAACUCGUUUAGGGCUGCAACGAUUAGUCGACGUAAUCGAUUACGUCGACACAACUAAUUAAUCGACACGAAAACGAAGCGUCGAAGCGUUAUUGUUGUUAAGAAUCACAUGCCGGCGCCUCAUGCUCAUCUAUAACUGCAGUGCACUACAGGAUGUGCUGGGGGCAGUAGCGCUCGCUGUUUACAUCCUGCGAGUAAACACAGAAGAAGAGUGCACACAUUUUGGCAGAACAAACCGAAGAAGACGCUCCAAAACUCCCGCCCAAAACUUCCAAAGUUUGGGAACAUUUUAUGGAAAACAAACCAAAAAAACACGUCGAUCAAAGCUCAGCUUUCCUACCAUGGCAGCAACACGGUGAUGCUUGAGCACCUGAAACGCUGACACCCCGGAAAUAGGUGUUUAUAAAUAAAGAAGAUAGUGAUUAAGCGGACGACAAGUCGGACGACUAGUCGACAAAAAAAUAGUCGUUAGUUGCAGCACUAAACUCGUUGCCGUGCGAUUGCAUGUGAAUCCGCGAGUUCUUGUGAGUUCUCGCGAUUCCUGCUGUCAGUAAUCCGCCACGAAAUUCGCCGCACAAACAGAUCCGGUAGGAAUUGGCUGACGGCAAAAAUCGGAUCGGGGCCGAUCAGGAUGCGGCAUAAAUUGGGGGGUAACUGUAUGGUCAGGUUUCAUGGCUAAAAACUGUGCUCUUGAUCUGUGAUCAGGGUUUGCUUACAGGUGCACACGUUUCUUAGAGAGGACAAACUCAAAACCAUAAAAACUGUUUGAUAAAAGGAGAGAAUGAACUCAAAGAUGGACACGAAAUGUAAACCCUGUCAGCUCCACUGACCUGCUGCAGCUUUACACACUGAGUUCACAGUAACAGUCGUCUCCCAGCUCACUCACUCUGACCACAUGCACAGUUCCCCCUUCUCAGUGUAAAUGUGAGAAUUCAUGUGUCUGUGUUAUGGAACAGCUCUCUCUCCAUGUGUGAAGCCUGGUUUGUUUCUCUGAGUCACCCUCCGUGGUCUUCUCUCCUCUCUGUCAGCCCCCGGAGCGACAGAUCAUGGUGGGGAUCUGCUGCAUGAUGAAGAAGUCCAAGUCAAAGCCGAUGACCCAGAUCCUGGAGAGGCUGUGCAGGUUUGAGUACAUCACCGUUGUCAUCUUCCCCGAGGACACCAUCCUCAAUGAGCCUGUGGACAAGUGGCCUCUGUGUGACUGCCUCAUCUCCUUCCACUCCAAGGGUAUGCAGAAAACACACACACGCAUAGAUUUGUCCUGUGUUGGUUUCCGUCAGGCCCGCAGAGAGUUCCUGAAAAUUUCCUGAAAUGACCUCAUGAUGAUGAUGAUGAUGAUGAUGGUGUCUGAACAUGUGGUAUUUUCUGUCUGCAGGAUUCCCGCUGGAUAAAGCGGUGAGCUACGCCAAACUGAGAAACCCUCUGCUUAUAAAUGACCUGAACAUGCAGUACUACAUCCAGGACAGGUGCUGACACACAGCCCCGCCGUUUUUAAAGCAUAUGCAUGAAUUCUGCAGCAGAAACCAUCAUUAACAAAUGUGUCAUUAUACGUAAACAGGAGGGAGGUGUAUCGCAUCCUGCAGGAGGAGGGGAUUGAUUUACCUCGCUACGCUGUGCUGAACAGAGACCCUGAUAAACCAGAAGGUAAGUCUGGAUCGAGCUGAAUCGAUCUACUUUGAGUCAGAAGGUUUAGUUCCUCCACAGACACACACACACACACACACACACACACACACUGCAGAUCUACCCUCUGUUAAAGGUGGAGUAGGCAGGAAUUCGUUAAGGAAGCAAAUCUUCAAAUAUCAGUCAAUAGUUAUUAGUUAUUGAUUAUUUGUUAAUAUAUGGAUAUCUCUGUGUUCUCUUCUGUCUGUGUCGUCAACAUUUGAACAUUUUUGAGCGGUCCGCUCUUUCUGACUGUAAACAAAGCCGUUCUCCACCUCCUCUAACCUGAUUGGUUGUGAGGCAGACGCUGCUCCCCCGUGUCGUUCAGGAGCCCAAACAAAGUUAGCGUGCUACAAUAUCGGACAGUAGAAACCAACCAGAAAGUUCGGAAAAUUGUCUGAAUCCUCCUUUGGCCACGACUGCCGACACAAGCAAGAAAACAGUCAACCAUAAUCAGUCAACAAGAAAACAGUCAACAAGUAAACAGUCAACAAGAAAACAGUCAACAAGAAAACAGUCAACCAUAAACAGUCAACAAGAAAACAGUCAGCAAGAAAACGUCAACCAUAAACAGUCAACAAAAAACAGUCAACAAGAAAACAGUCAGCAAAAAACAGUCAACAAGAAAACAGUCAACAAGAAAACAGUCAGCAAGAAAACGUCAACUAUAAUCAGUCAACAAGAAAACAGUCAACCAUAAACAGUCAACAAGAAAACAGUCAACCAUAAACAGUCAACACCAAAACAGUCAACAAAAAACAGUCAACAAGAAAACAGUCAACAAGAAAACAGUCAGCAAGAAAACGUCAACUAUAAUCAGUCAACAAGAAAACAGUCAACCAUAAACAGUCAACAAGAAAACAGUCAACCCAGUCAACACCAAAACAGUCAACACCAAACCGGUCAACAGGAAAACGGUCAACACCAAAACAGUCAACAAAAAACAGGCAACAAGAAAACAGUCAACAAGAAAAUGCUGCUCCCCCGUGUCGUUCAGGAGCCCAAACAAAGUUAGCGUGCUACAAUAUCGGACAGUAGAAACCAACCAGAAAGUUCGGAAAAUUGUCUGAAUCCUCCUUUGGCCACGACUGCCGACACAAGCAAGAAAACAAAGUAAAUACCGGAGACUCUGGAGGAAUAACGGGCGCUUAAAACGGAGGUAGACCGGACAAGAGCUAAAAAGCCGGGUCAACAUAAACGAUGGGGGACGCUUGGGGAUCUUGGUGACCCUGUAACCUUUCUGCUGGACAGGUAAACCGCUUUAACAAAGUAAGACAAGUGUCUGUAACAGAAGUGUUUCUUGUCAAACGGACCUGCUGUAGCGUGUUGUAGCGCCAUCGCUAAACUGUCCUCCCUCGGGUCCUGGACUAUGUCACUUUAUCCUCGUUGUAGAAGUCCUGCAAACAUUGUGUUUGCUGGUAGUCUGUUGGCAUCUACAGUAGCACCAAUGCUUUUGACUUUCACCUUGACUGGGCCCCAUUUGAUCCUGACUCAGAUCCUGACUACCCCACCUUAAAGACGACAUGACCAGAGGGAUGAGAAUCUGUGUGAUCCAUCAUGAGAUAGUCAGCAUGAGCGAGAACCAAGAAGAUGACGGUGGACAGAAAAAUGCUGCUGUAAACAACUUCACAUUGUUUAAUAAAAUAAGAGGAUCUAGCAGUGGACUGUAAAACCCACUCCUCCUGUGAGAGCGGCAGCCUUCAGGUCAUCAACUCUCAGCCUUCCUGUGAUGUUCAGGAGCUGAGCCAGUGAACCACCUGUUGAUCUGUGAUCAUUGCAGUGGUAUCGUCACAGCAGUGACAGGAGAAGGAUAGACUGCCUCAGUUCAGUUCAGCCUGACCUCUGCUGUCUGUGUGUAUACCAACAUAAUAUAAUGUGAAGCAGUCACAGCGUCUCUGCAGCCGUGUCAUGGAGGGUCUGUUUUUACUCUGUGACGGACGGAGUGAAGAGAGAUGAGAUGUUUCAGAGAGCAAACAGCAGCGACCGGCUGUGUGUGUUUACAGAGAGGAGAGAAAGAGCUUCCUGUUACAUAACCAUGUGUGAUCUGUGUGUCUGUGUGUGUGUGUCAGAGUGUAACCUGGUGGAGGGCGAGGACCACGUGGAGGUGAACGGAGAGAUCUUCCAGAAGCCGUUUGUGGAGAAGCCGGUGUGCGCCGAGGAUCAUAACGUCUACAUCUACUACCCGACGUCUGCAGGCGGCGGCAGCCAGAGACUCUUCAGAAAGGUUCAGCCUCUGACCUCUUAAAGCUCCUAUCAGCAGUAUCAGUGUGUAUGUGUGAAGGUCAUGCUGCCUGGCACUCACAGUGUUAAACAAUACCAUGGAAGAAGAUGAGCAGUAGUUCGUUGUGUUCAGUUAUGUGCUGAAAACUGCAGUUUCCAGAGUGUCCACUAGGGACUGGCUGCAGGAGCAAAAGAAAACCACGUUUGUUUUUAAGAUAUCAAGCCUCUGAGAUCAGGCACAGCUGUCUGGACUGACAGGCGGACACACUGUAGCUGUUUGCUCAGAAUUACUCAUAUGGCGACUGUUCCUGAUUGGCUUUAGAAACAAAGCGGCGGCGUCACUGAGACUGUGUCCAUGUCUAAAGGUGAUGUCUGUAAACUCUGAUGAAACUGCUUCUCUGUCGAUGAAGUUUCCCUGACAUGAUCUGACUCUGUGCUCAGCUGCUCCUUUACUCAAACAGGUUGAAAUGGUUCUCUUUAGUUCAGUGGAGAUAACUCCAUGAUCCAGGGCUGGGUCUUUGUUUAUCUCGUGACGUAGAGUUGGGCGGUAUGAACAAAAUCUUCUAUCACCGUAUGAGUAAUUUCAGAUCAAGGUAUGUUUUUUUUCCCUGUAAAUUCAAUUAAUGUCUUAAAAAUAACCACACUGUCGCAUUUGUUCAUUUUAGUUUUAAACUCUGAUUUGUUUUACUCAAAAUGUCAGACCAGUCUGGUGAUUUUUUAUCGUAUAUCGUACCUUUGGCGAAAAACUCUGCCGAGCUCUUUAGUCUUUCGGUGCAGCAGGUGCGUCACGCAUCUUUUGUCUCUCAUGAUAGAGUUUGGCGUGUUUCAUCUUUAGGUGGAGGACGAGGUUGUUGGUGUUUCCUCCUCCGCCAACGACAGCCACACCACACGCUUUGCAUAGUUUGGUUUUUUGAUCACCGUCGCAUUUUCUAAUUUUGAAGAAUCAUCCGGACAGCCGAUGUCGCGACUCGAACCCUUUUUCGGAACAGUUCCUGCUCCUCUUCCUCGUGUUGGGUGGGUCAGGCUGCCUUCGUUUGCUCGAUACCGCCAUUAAUCUCCGCGUCCGCCAUGACCACCACCAGUGACGCUGUUUCUUCUUCGUGGAAACUAUACCAAGCAGUCACACUGGUGAUUAUAGGGAGCGCACCCAAACCUGACCAAUCAAACGGAGCGAACAAACUCCACACGACACGCUGGUGAAUAUACGGAAACGCACCCAAACCGACGCGCUCCGUCUUUCCUGUUAGCGAGCGCAGACAACUCCACACUGACUCAGAGAGACGCAGCAGACUUCUGCUCUCUCUCUCUCUCUCUCUCUCUCUCCGGUAUAAAGGGUAGAGCAACAUUUCUACAGGUAGACACUUAAAUACCGUCACACGGUUAAAACCAUCGUACCGCCCAACACUACCAUCUAGGCCUGUCACGAUAACAAAUUUUGCUGGACGAUAAUUGUGCUACAAAUUAUCGCCGAUAAACGAUAUUAUUGACACCGUUUUUUAAAUUAUAGAUAAUGAUAUGAAAUGGCAUAAUAAUGCGAGUACACCGUGUCAAAAGUGAUAAACUUUAAUUUCACCCACGACGAAGACGUAACGUUGACGAGCUAAACAUAAGUCGGAGAUGACUAAAAUGUGACGAGACGAAAGUGCGUUUACGUUGAUGGGACGAGACGAAAAUGACGAACAGAGUUUCAAAACUCAGUCAGUUAAACGCUAAACAUAUAGGAGCAGCUUCAGUCCGCUCUGACAGCUCUCAUCAGCCUGCUGUGCUCCUCCAACACACAGACACACGCACGCGCGCACACACACGUGGAGUUUUGUGGUUGACGAAAACAAAACUGGUUUAAAGCCGAAAUAUUCCCACACUUGGGCUGUUGCGUUCGGUUUAGACACCAAAGCUGUCGUGUUCAUUCUGUUUGCUUGCUUUUCACUCACGACGCUCACUUGCAGCACUGUAUCCAAAAGUCUGUGUCUGUGUGCCUGUGCGCGCCUACGUGUACCUGCGCGCGCGCCCCCCGUGACAAAGAUACUGAAUGACUGACAGGAGGGUUCACUAACUCCGUUCAUUCCGCUAUAGAGCCAACGCCCCCAGGUGCCGAGAAAAAUGCACAGAGUGAGACCUCUUCUCUCAUCCAGCGUGUUUGGUAGCGAGAGAGGAGGAAAACAAACGCACGUAAAUUAUCGAGGCUGGCAAAGUUAUCGACCUCGUUUUUGUUUAUCGAGCGAUACGGCGAUUUAUUGAUUAUCGCAACAGGCCUAGUCACACGGUUAAAACCAUCGUACCGCCCAACACUACCGUCUGCUGUGAGCUGUGACCGACUGUUUGUGUGAACCACUGACUGCAGCUUUAACUCAGUGUGACGGAUCAGAGAGGCUUUAUUGUUUUAAAACAUCUGUGUGUCGUGUGUCUGUGUGUGUUUGUGUUUGUGUGUGUGUGUGUGUGUGUUUGUGUGUGUGUGUGUGUGUGUGUAGAUCGGGAGUCGCAGCAGUGUGUACUCUCCAGAGAGCAGCGUGAGGAAGACGGGCUCCUACAUCUAUGAAGAGUUCAUGCCCACAGACGGCACCGACGUGAAGGUGGAGUAUGAAUGAACUCAGGGCUGAUGGUUAGAGAGGAAAUACGGAGUGAGUCAGACUGACACAGGGAGCCAGAAAUGAUGAUCUUCAUGACAGUUGAAGAAAGGACAGUUUUUAUUCUUUACCUGCAGCUCUCUGUCUGUAGUCUUAUUCCUGCAUCAGCAGUGCCUCGGGGUUUACAUGUCCCACUUGUCUUCAGGUGUACACCGUGGGUCCGGAUUACGCCCACGCUGAGGCCCGGAAGUCUCCGGCUCUGGACGGGAAGGUGGAGAGAGACAGCGAGGGGAAGGAGGUCAGAUACCCUGUCAUGCUGUCAGCCAUGGAGAAGCUGGUGGCUCGAAAAGUCUGCCUGGCGUUCAAGGUGAGGAGAUGAACGCCGCCAGAGACGCCGCCUUUGCUCUCUUCAGGGUCGUUUCAUAGGGACAGCUUCAGGGAAUGUGGGGAGAGAGAGGGGAGACAACCAGAAUAUCAGAAAACAACAGCAGAUCUCAGACACACAAACAUGAAGGCCGGAAACAUGUUGAGCGCCCCCUACUGGUGAAACUAUGAAUAUAUGUUUGUAAUUAGCAACUCUCUCUCUCUCUCUAUCUCUCUCUUUCUCUCUCUCUCUCUCACUCUCUCUCUCUCUCUCUCUUUCUCGUCUCUGAAGCAAACAGUGUGUGGUUUCGAUCUCCUGCGAGCGAACGGACACUCGUACGUCUGCGACGUGAACGGCUUCAGUUUCGUCAAGAACUCCAUGAAAUACUACGACGACUGUGCAAAGAUCCUCGGGUAACCAGCUCAAACCUCCUGAAUUUGAUCAUGUGACGGCUUGUUUCCCACAUCAGUUUGUAAAGUUUGUGUGUCUGUGUGUAUCUUUGUGUGUGUGUGUUUGUGUGUCUGUAGGAAUAUAGUGAUGCGGGAGCUGGCCCCUCAGUUUCAGAUCCCCUGGUCCAUCCCCACAGAGGCUGAGGACAUCCCCAUUGUCCCCACCACCUCAGGGACCAUGUAAGUCAGAUCAGCUGAUUUUAGAGAGUGUUUAUAAAGAUCAGCUGUUUGUAUAGAGAGUGUUUAUAAAGAUCAGCUGUUUGUAGAGAGUGUUUAUAAAGAUCAGCUGUUGUAUAGACAGUGUUUAUAAAGAUCAGCUGUUUGUAUAGAGAGUGUUUAUAAAGAUCAGCUGUUUGUAUAGACAGUGUUUAUAAAGAACAGCUGAUUUUAGAGAGUGUUUAUAAAGAUCAGCUGUUUGUAUAGAGAGUGUUUAUAAAGAUCAGCUGUUGUAUAGAGAGUGUUUAUAAAGAUCAGCUGUUUGUAUAGAGAGUGUUUAUAAAGAUCAGCUGUUUGUAUAGAGAGUGUUUAUAAAGAUCAGCUGUUUGUAUAGAGAGUGUUUAUAAAGAUCAGCUGUUUGUAUAGAGAGUGUUUAUAAAGAUCAGCUGAUUUUAGAGAGUGUUUAUAAAGAUCAGCUGUUUGUAUAGAGAGUGUUUAUAAAGAUCAGCUGUUGUAUAGAGAGUGUUUAUAAAGAUCAGCUGUUUGUAUAGAGAGUGUUUAUAAAGAUCAGCUGAUUUAAGAGUGUUUAUAAAGAUCAGCUGUUUGUAUAGAGAGUGUUUCUAAAGAUCAGCUGAUUUUAGAGAUUGUUUAUAAAGAUCAGCUGUUGUAUAGAGAGUGUUUAUAAAGAUCAGCUGUUGUAUAGAGAGUGUUUAUAAAGAUCAGCUGAUUUUAGAGAGUGUUUAUAAAGAUCAGCUGUUGUAUAAAGAGUGUUUAUAAAGAUGAGCUGAUUUUAGAGAGUGUUUAUAAAGAUCAGCUGUUGUAUAGAGAGUGUUUAUAAAGAUCAGCUGUUGUGUAGAGAGUGUUUAUAAAGAUCAGCUGAUUUUAGAGAGUGUUUCUAAAGAUCAGCUGUUGUAUAGAGAGUGUUUCUAAAGAUCAGCUGUUUGUAUAGAGAGUGUUUAUAAAGAUCAGCUGAUUUUAGAGAGUGUUUAUAAAGAUCAGCUGUUUGUAUAGAGAGUGUUUAUAAAGAUCAGCUGAUUUUAGAGAGUGUUUAUAAAGAUCAGCUGUUUGUAUAGAGAGUGUUUAUAAAGAUCAGCUGUUGUAUAGAGAGUGUUUAUAAAGAUCAGCUGUUGUAUAGAGAGUGUUUAUAAAGAUCAGCUGAUUUUAGAGAGUGUUUAUAAAGAUCAGCUGUUGUGUAGAGAGUGUUUAUAAAGAUCAGCUGAUUUUAGAGAGUGUUUCUAAAGAUCAGCUGUUGUAUAGAGAGUGUUUUUAAAUAUCAGCUGAUUUUAGAGAGUGUUUAUAAAGAUCAGCUGUUGUAUAGAGAGUGUUUAUAAAGAUCAGCUGUUGUAUAGAGAGUGUUUAUAAAGAUCAGCUGUUUGUAUAGAGAGUGUUUAUAAAGAUCAGCUGUUGUAUAAAGAGUGUUUAUAAAGAUCAGCUGUUUGUAUAGAGAGUUUUUAUAAAGAUCAGCUGUUGUAUAGAGAGUGUUUAUAAAGAUCAGCUGAUUUUAGAGAGUGUUUAUAAAGAUCAGCUGUUGUAUAGAGAGUGUAUAAAGAGGAGGAGGUGUUCUUUGCUGAUCUCAGGUGAUUUUUAGCUGUUUUGUUGCUCUCACAGUCCGUGUUAAUGCUGAGAAGAUGACCCAUAAUUGUCCUUAAUGAAGAUAAUGAGUGUCAUUUUGUGAACCUGAUGAUGUGUUUCAGCAGCAGUGUUGGACAAACAGCCUCCACUGAGUAUUUACUGACAGUUUUAGGGAUUUAGUAGUUGUUAUUUUUGUUCUCCACCCAUGGAAACUUGAUACUUUGAAUAGGGAUGGAGUGAAUCGUGUGUGACCUCCCAUCUUCUCUGUCCCUCACACAUCUGUUAGUUUUUGCUGGAGAGAGAAAGUUGCUGAUUCACUUUGGCUCGGUUAAAUCUGAGGACUCUGAUUACAGCUGAUCACACUGUCCUCACUGAGCUGAAUAUGAGCAUGAUGAACAUACACUAAAGAGACCCGCCCUACACUUGGAAAAAUAGGCCACUCUGCUAUUUAUAAGUAUAUAUAUUUAUACACAUAUAGGACAUGAGGCUGAUGCUUUUACUCAGAAACAGGUCAUUAAGUUUCGGCUGUUUUUUAUUAACAGGGAGCACUUCCAACUUUUUUAUACUUUAGUUUGACAGCUGGUGAGAGUUUCCUUUCUUUUCCCAUCCAUUCCCUCUGAUAUGUGCAGACUGAAUAUAAAGUUUAUAGAGAAGGAAACAGAGGAGUGACCGGAGCUUAUUUAAGUUACUGCGAAUGCGUAAGUCCACGAAAUAAAAACUGAAUAUCUACUCACUGACUAACAGUCAGAAAACAGUCAGAGUUUAUCAAACAGAGAGAAACAUAGGAUCAGAGAUCUGCAGGUAUAUGAUCUACCACUAGCAGAGCGAGCACCCCCCAGUCUGCAACACUGUACUUGUGCUCUUCACUCUGCUUUAUGGCGUCCGUGUCAGGAUUUGUUGUUUAUUUGUAUCUUUAAUCCUUUUUUUAUUUAUUUAUUUAAUCAUAUUCAAUUAAAAUUACAACACUUUUCAUUUUUCAAAUGUAGUUUUCCAAGUUUUUGUUAUUCUUUUAAAAUCACUUUUUUUUAUAUCACCUUGUGUGUCCGGUGUUUCCUACAUUAUCUAUAUUCUGCCCUCCUGAAAUUUGAAAUAUAAAUACACCAGUUUUUAGUAGAGCGUUAUAUCAUUUUAAGCCUUUUUUUGUGUUUUCUUACCUUUAUACUGUCAGCAGCAUAAAACGCAACAUAAAGAGCUCUAAUUACGUUUAAUAAUAAGUCGUUUAAUUCGCUGAUUUAUAUUUACCGAGUAUUGCUGUGUCUGAGGAAACUGACUUCACAUCUCUGUCCUCAGGAUGGAGCUGCGCUGUGUGAUCGCCGUCAUCAGACACGGCGACAGGACGCCCAAACAGAAGAUGAAGAUGGAAGUCCGUAACCCCAUGUGCGUGACCUCUGACAGUUUUUUUUGUUUGUUUUACUGCAGAAAGAUGAAAGUAAAAACUCCUCCUCACUGUCAUAAUUCUGUUUCCUUCAGGUUUUUUGAUCUGUUUGAGAAAUACGGAGGAUACAAAACUGGGAAACUAAAGCUGAAGAAGCCAAAACAGCUGCAGGUAAGAAUCGCACAGGUGUGUGACUCUGUUUUAGCUCACGGACUGGUUUGUGUGUGUAUUUAACUGUGUGUGUUGUGUGCAUGUUUUGUGACUCUCUGGCAGGAGGUGCUGGACAUCACUCGGCAGCUGCUGGCAGAACUGGGACAGCACAAUGACUGUGAAAUAGAGGAGAAGAAGUCCAAACUGGAGCAGCUGAAGACUGUUCUGGAAAUGUGAGACACUUGAUCAAACAUCAGUUUUCAGGUCAUGAUCCACUUUAGCUGAUGGUUUCAAACCAUGACACUCUGAUGAGUCAGCAGGAAUCUGAACAAACCUCCAAACAUGACAGUGACCCGAAAACUACGAUGAUGCUGUUCGAUAGUCCUGGUACCGGUGAUGUGAAGCGGGUCAUUAAAUGUCCUCAGGCCUCGGGUCGCUGUUAGAAUAGAAUAGAAUAGAAUAGAAUAUUCCUUUAUUGAUCCCCCAUGGGGGAAAUUUAUUUGUCACAGCAGCAUCACAGACAAGACAAAAAGUGCAAAAAUGCAGUUAUAACAAUAAGGAUCCUAAUAUUAAGAACUUAAAUAAAUGUAAUAAUUAAGAAAAAAAUUAGAAAAGGGAGAAGAAAAAAUAAAACUUUCUACAAUAUACACAAUUUACACAAUUUAAAUGCCAGAAAAAAAGUGGUGGUGUAAAUCCAGUUCUGUUACUGUUCAUUGUAAAGUCUUAUUGCAGAGGGGAGGAAUGAUCUGCGGUAGCUGUUGUGCUCAUUAUUAAGAUCACAUUUAUAAAGCAUAGUAAUAUUUAAAUAUCCCAUACACCAGCCAGAACAUCGGGUCAGAUAUUAGCGUCAAAUAACAAGAAAACUGGACUUUUAAUGGACCUUGGACUUCCAUUGAGGAUCACAUAGUUUUUCUCAGAACUUGAGGUGAAUUUUGAUCUUCAUUCAUUUUAAGGUAAAACCUCUUAACUUUAACACGUGAAAUCACAGUGACAGGUGUGAGCUCUCUGGAGACUCUGAAGACUGAGUUUCAUACUUUAUAUUUUUAUAUCCUAUAAUAACACAGACCUGUAGGAUACCUGUAGGUUCCUUAUUCUUUAGCCUGGUUCUUGUUUUUGUGUUCAAACGACAACUUUGUGCUGGAUGCUCACUCUGUCCCUCGGCUUUACUAACACACACCUGCUCCUCCUGCUCCCGUGAGUUAUGCAGAUUAAUGCAGUUUGUGAACAAAUCAGUAGUGAUGCACGAUAUGAAAAAUUUCAACCGAUAACCGAUAAUUUUCUUCUUCUCAUGGCCGAUACCGAUACCGAUAACCGAUAAAUUCAUAUUUUUACAUUUAUUAUAAUCUUCAUAUAAUCUGCAGUUUGUGCAGGAUGCAGCGAUUGAAAACUGAUGUUUUUGUUGCUCUGGCCUAUCUAGAACAACAAACAAAAGUUUUUGGCUCUUCAAAUGUGGUCAUUUGCUAUAAAUAACAAUAACAGAGCAAAAAGCAGAACUUCAUUUGAUCCCCUGAACUGUUCAACAGAACUGUAAACUGUAAAGGAGCUAUUAUGAGACGUUAGGCUUAGCAUGCUGACCGGACUAACAUCUGACGUCCAUAUGUCUGUGGUAAAACUCACGUGUAGUCUGUUCUUGUCGAUCAGGUUGUGAAUGUUUGUGGCGACAAUAUCAUAGAGUGCAGGAAGAGACACAUCUGAGAAGAAGCGGCGGCUUGGGAGAGUGUAACGUGGCUCCAAGUGUGCUAUUAACUUACGAAAACCCGGGUUCUCAACGACGGAAAAAGGCUGGUCGUCGACCGCUAUGAACUCCAUCACUUUGUCGUUAAUGGCUUUAGCCUUUUCGCUGUCUCUUGAGAAGCUUUAGCAGUUUUUAAACGCCUGCUGAAUGGGGACAUCGAUCCUCCGUAGUGUUGUUGUCUUAGCUUUAGUACCGCUAGCAGCUUCGGCGGCUGUCUCAUGUUCUUUUACUACCGCUUCGCCGCGAUGGCGACUUUUCAGAUGAGCUAUCAGAUUCGCUGUGUUAAAACUUGACGUCUUCUUUCCUCCUCUCGGAAUCCUCGCUGAACAGGUUUUGCAUAUAGCAGCUGUUGUCAUCUUCUGCCACUGAGAGAAACGACCAUGCUGGUGAAGACAUUUUAUUAUCUGUCAGGUAGUGACGGGGUCAGGCUUGGGACCUGCGAGUAAGGCUUGAUAGACGACGUGACCAGCGCGUCUCGGACGGGCGGCUACUCCGCCUGCAAACGUUACUCGUAAUUUCAUUAAUAUAUCGGAUCUUUCUAUCGGAAAAAUGCACCUAUCGGACCGAUAAAAAAUGACGUAAUUUCCCCCCAUAUCGGCCGAUAUUUUAUCGGUCCGAUAAAUAUCGUGCAUCCCUACAAAUCAGUUAAAAUAAACGGGUUAUUACUGUUUUUACUUCUCUAUGUUGAUGAUGGGUCGAUGAUGGUAUUUAUUUUUGCGUCAUGCACUCAGUGUUAAAUCCUCAUCGGUUUGUAAAGAGCAGAAAUCCAGCAUGUCAGUCUGAAACUUGGCAUCCUGCCUUUUCCCUGCAGGAGCUGCAGAUACUUUUAUAACAGAAAAGGUUCCAGCUCAGUCAUCCUGCCUGAAGACAUCAGCAUUAAUGGACGACGUACGUCCCUGAAGUCACUAAAACAAAACAGCAAUCUUAUUCUCAGUUUCACAGAAAGAUCAAACUGUGUCCUCCUCCUCUGAAGUGUCAGUAAACCUGCCGGUCUAUCAUCUAAUGAUCGUGUUCCUGAGCGUGAGUCUGCUUAUUAGGAGACGCUGAUCCACCAUCAGAAACAUGCUCCUCUGAACCUCUGUGUUUCUGUUUAUAUCUAUAAUUCACUUUAUCUUGACUGAGCUGUUGGUCGGACUGUCUCUUCAAAGGUACGGCCAUUUCUCAGGGAUCAACAGGAAGGUGCAGCUGACCUACCUGCCUCAUGGACAGCCAAAGACCUCCUCGGAGGAAGAAGGUAGUGAGGGUCUCUGCACCAACUAAAAAUGAGCUCUUCUCCUGUACACUGCACGUUAGAAUAAGACACAGUAUAACUGGAUGAUGCAGCUGUGUGCACUACAAUACUCUGAAAUAUAAUAACGACUGAUAAUGUUGUUCUGCUGUGUGUUUAGACACUCGUAAAGAGGGCCCGUCUCUGCUGCUGGUGCUGAAGUGGGGCGGCGAGCUCACUCCUGCAGGCAGGGUGCAGGCUGAGGAGCUGGGACGAGCUUUCCGCUGUAUGUACCCCGGAGGACAAGGUGAGACUCUGCAGAGAUGACCCACCUGAAAAAAAUGAGAAAGUUAUCCGUCCUCCAGCUGUGAAAAAAGAAACUGUUAACAAAGGCCUGAGGAUGAGCUCUGAGCUGAUCACCAAGGUUACUAAAGGUCAUCCAGAGCCGCUCACAGAGCAGAGGACAGGCUGCAGAUCCGAUUCUUAAUGAGUGUGUGAAGCUGACACAAACCCAGGAGUUUCCUGCAUCGUGAUCCAUCCCUGUGUGUGAACUCUAAUCUUCAGAGACCAUGCUGGUUUUGUGUUUUCAGGAGACUAUGCAGGAUUUCCAGGCUGUGGGUUACUGAGGCUUCAUAGCACCUACAGACACGACCUGAAGAUUUACGCCUCUGACGAAGGACGCGUGCAGAUGACGGCUGCAGCCUUUGCAAAGGUAGGACGUCUCUGAGUGGUGGUUUGAUGGUUCCAGCGACCCAGACUGAGUUCUGGACUGAGUCUAACCCUGACUGUCUUCAGUGACUGAACUCAGAGUCUCUUUACAGAGUCGCAGUGAAGAACUUGAGUCGUUCCCAAAGUUUUGACGCGCUGUGUUUUUCGUAUCUGUAGGGCCUGCUGGCUCUGGAGGGCGAGCUGACCCCUAUUUUGGUUCAGAUGGUGAAGAGCGCCAACAUGAACGGUCUGCUGGAUAAUGACAGCGACUCUCUGAGCAGCUGUCAGCACCGGGUGAAGGCCCGCCUCCACGAGAUCCUGCAGAAAGACCGAGACUUCAUCGAGGAAGACUAUGACAGGGUAAGGGUCCAGCCACAGGUACAGGUUUGUGUGUGUCUCGGCUCUGCAGACACAGACAGCUGAUUGAUCAACGUCGGCUGGAUCGGCGUCGAUCCCACGUGACACCAUUAAUAUAGUUUCCAUAGUUUCUCAGGAACUAUACCGCGUAUCUCUACGGGAUAAAAAGUGUUCAGAAGUUUACCCUUUUGGAGAUCUAUCGAGGGUUUCCAGACAUUUCUACACCUGCAAAUCCCAGUUGUUCCAAUCCCAAUAUUUCUUCUCCUGAUAGACUUUAGAGAAUGAUGGUCAGGUGAGGAAAGGCGUGGUCACUGCAGAUUUAUGUGUUUUUGGAGCAAAGUCCUUUUGGGAUCAAUGUCCGUUUUAGUUUCUUGGUUGACUUUGACGGUUCUGAAUCUCCUGUCACAUUUUUUUUUCAUCAUUUUUGCUCCAUAAACUGAAUCUGAGGUUGUCCUGAAAAUAAAGAUGUGUUUAUAUUUGCUGUGAUUGAAAGGAUCGAGGUGAAACAUAAAAAAAAAAACAGGUGGACCAAAAAAAGAAAAAUACAGCCGGGAGUUUAAAGGGUUAAUGCGUGACAGUGACUGUGAGUCAGUUUAGACCAGGGGUGUCAAAGUCAAAUGGACGGAGGGCCAAAUAAAAAAUUUAGCUACAAGCCGAGGGCCGGACUGAUCGAAUGUUCAUUGAAAAUUUUUUAAAUGACGCAUAUAGUCUAGUGAACCUAAUUGAACCUACUGAAAACCUAACAAAUAUAUUCCAAUAUGAUCAGAUAAAUAAAGCAAUAUUUUCUUCUGGCUCUGUCAGUAAUCUUUAAUUUUCAACAGACACAAAAGACAAAUUUCCUUUAUAUAAAAAUCCCCAUAACAUGAACAUUAAAUGAAAGAAACCGGUAUUAUUCAAGGCACCAUCAGUAGCCUAUAUUUUCUAUUUUAGCAAAAGUGGGCUAAAUUUACUUCAAAGAAAAAAAUAAUAAUAGCAAUUUUCUAUCAUCCACUCAACUGAAAUAUUUUUAAAAUAUCAUUUUAAUUCCUCGGCCUUCUGUAGCCUUUGUUCCAUGUCCAUAUUCUUGUUUUUGUCCGCGUGUUUCGUUUCAUAAUGUCGUCUCAGAUUAUACUCUUUCAGUACCGCCACACUUUCUCCACACAGAAGACACACAGGUUUUCCAGCUACCUCCGUGAACAUAUACUCCGACUCCCACCUUGUUUGAAACUCCCGGUUCUCAGUGUCCACCUUCCGUUUUGCCAUUUUUGAUGGGUAUCUGAAAGUUAAUUUUACUGUUACGCUGACGACUGCUGUGCUAAUAAAUAUUGAAAUGAAGCAGCCUACUGCUCGGUGCGUCACCGUUGCAUUGUGGGAAAUGUAGUAUUGGUGCGUGUAAAAGAUCUGCGGGCUGCCGGCUUGCUGCGGUCUGCGGGCCGGUUCUAAUAAUAAAUCAAGAUCAUCCCAGGGGCCGUAAAAAACCUUCUCGCGGGCCGGAUGUGGCCCGCGGGCCUUGACUCUGACAUAUGUGGUUUAGAGAAUGAUGGUUAGGUGAGGAAAGGCGUGGUCACUGUAGAUUUAUGUGUUUUUGGAGCAAAGUCCUUUUGGGAUCAAUGUCCGUUUUAGUUUCUUGGUUGACUUUGACGGUUCUGAAUCUCCUGUCACAUUUUUUUUUUCAUCAUUUUUGCUCCAGAAACUGAAUCUGAGGUUGUCCUGAAAAUAAAGCUGUGUUUAUAUUUGCUGUGAUUGAAAGGAUCGAGGUGAAACAUAAAAAAAAAAACAGGUGGACCAAAAAAAGAAAAAUACAGCCGGGAGUUUAAAGGGUUAACGCGUGACAGUGACUGUGAGUCAGUUUAGACCAUCUGUGACCUUUGACCUGAGAAGAAACUGUGUGUGUGUAUGCUUAUAUUAUUGUGUUCAAGUGUGUGUUUUGUUGUUUUUGUGUGUGUGUGUGUGUGUGCUCCAGCUGGCUCCAACCAGCAGUGCGUCUCUGGUGAACUCAAUGAGGAUCGUGCAGAACCCGGUGUCCACCUGUGACCAGGUGUACGCCCUCAUUCAGAGCCUCACCUCCCAGAUCCGCACCAGGAUGGAGGACCCCAAAUCAGCAGGUGAGACGGUUCACCUGUUGGAGAGAAAACUCUGAUGUUUUCAGCUUCAAUGAUGAAAAUUUCAACAUGUGACGGUGUUGUUUAUCUUCACACCUGCAGUUCAUAGUUUUCAUUUUUGAUGAACUCAAACUGGUCAAUGUUAACAACUGUCUGUGUCUGUGUCUGUGUCUGUGUCUGUGUCUGUGUCUGUGUCUGUGUCUGUGUCUGUGCACAUCCUCAGACCUGCAGCUGUACCACAGCGAGACUCUCGAGCUGAUGCUGCAGCGUUGGUCCAAACUGGAGAGAGAUUUCCGCAUGAAGAACGGGCGCUACGACAUCAGCAAGAUCCCCGACAUCUACGACUGCGUCAAGUAUGACGUCAUCCACAACGCCACACUGGGCCUGGAGGACACGCUGGAGCUCUUCAGACUGUCCCGAGCUCUGGCCGACAUCGUCAUCCCUCAGGUGAGACAUGGGGAGGAGGAGGAGUUUAGAACCUGUCAGAGUCAUCAGGUGUUUAACCAAAUCGUGUGUGUGUGUGUGUGUGUGUGUGUGUGUGUGUGUGUGUGUGUGUGUGUUCAGGAGUACGGCAUCAAUAAGGUGGAGAAAGUGGACAUAGCGUACGCGUACUGCCUCCCUUUGGUGAGGAAGAUCCAGAUGGACCUUCAGAGGACACACGAGGACGAAUCCGUCAACAAGCUGCACCCUCUGUGAGUCCGUACAGUGGGAUGAACAACUGUGAAAACACCGGAUAAGAGUGUGUGACUGACUGAGGAGUGUGUGUGUUUAUGUGUGUGUGUGUGUGUGUUCUCAGGUACUCUCGGGGCGUCAUGUCACCUGGACGACACGUCAGGACUCGUUUGUACUUCACCAGCGAGAGUCACGUUCACUCUCUGCUCAGUAUCUUCCGCUACGGAGGCCUGUUGGACGUAAGACACACACAAACACACACACACACACACACACACCUGGAGAUACACAACAGUGAACAACAACAACAAGAGGCGUUAACUCUGUGUGUGUGUCUGUGUGUGUGUGUGUGUGUGUGUGUGUGUGUUUGGGACAGGAGGAAAAGGAUCAGCAGUGGAAGAGAGCCAUGGAUUACCUCAGUGCUGUCUCAGAGCUCAACUACAUGACUCAGAUUGUCAUCAUGCUGUACGAGGACAACAAUAAGGUACUGUGUCUGCGUUUGUGUGUGUGUGUGUGUGUGUAAAGUAAAAAAAGUCUGAUUUUAUUUCUGUUUUACUUUUGUAUGUUUUUUCGUCCGUCCUGUAGGAGCCGUCCUCAGAGGAGCGCUUCCACGUGGAGCUCCACUUCAGCCCGGGUGUUAAAGGUGUGGAGGAGGAGGAGAACGCUCCCACAGGGUUCGGCUUCAGGCCCGCUUCAGCAGAGGUGGCCCGACAGGUAGAUCGCUGCCAGAACCUUCAAGUGUUCAUAUCCUGCAGAGAGCGGCGCUUCUACAUCCGUCCUUCUUCUUCUUCUUCUUCUUCUGUGUUCUCCUGCAGAAUGGACAGAAACCGACCGACCCCGGCAGCCUGGAGGACCUGUCCAGAGACGAGACGGACCGUGCCGUGCCACUGUCCGAGCCAAUCACCAUCCAGAGACGGUCCCCACUCAUACGCAACCACAAGACAGGCUCCAUGGAGGUGAGGGAGGACUCUAUAUCUCAUUAAUGAAUGAAAAGGAUGGUUGAGAUUUUGUCCAGGAGAAAAGAAAAAUGCUCGUAACCAAUCCCAACCUAGUAUGGGGAGUAAACAAAAAUACCACACAAUCCAAAGUUUGUCUGUUUCUGGGUAAAAGCAGGAACUCCGACAGGUGGUUCUUAUCCUACCACACUUUUCUGGGGUUAGCUCGCCAUCUGGUGGAGUGGAUUGUUGAAAUACUGGUUGAAUUUCUAGUUGUGAUGAGGGUGGAGUUGAUGGUGAUGAUCUACAGUCCCGUUACAAAAACCUGACCUAAAAAAGACCAAAACAUAAAUGAACAUCAUUUUAAUCAAAAGGAAGUUAUUCACUAUUUUUAAAGUGACCAAAAAAUAAAUUUAAUGUGUGUAUAAAACACACAAGCAUUAUAUAUUUCUGAAUAUUCAACAUUCAAGUACUCAAUCAAAAAAAAGUAUCAAUAAUUCCAACUCAAAUAGUUACAAACCCAAGCAGAGAUCAAUAACAAUCUAGUUGUGCAACAUUAAUUUAUUUCAUGGGGUUAUUAUCCGGUGAUCGAGUUCAGCCUCAACCAAACCUCACUGCAGUUUUGCAUGUAUCUACUAAAAAGUGCUAAAGCUGCUCAAAAUUAACACGUCGCAGGGAAAAAAACGAGCGACUGCAACGUCGAUCCACGGCCUACAUUUCGUCUUUCUUUUUAACAACAUUAAAUACGUCACCUUGAUUUUCUUCGGUUUUACUCCCUCUCUUUCUUUCACCGCUCAACAGCGAACACGGCUGAAAACUCUGCGAGGUAUUGAAUUGUAUUUGCGACUGCUACACAACAACGUCAUACAGAGUUUUUAAUGAAAUGGGAGAAGGCUCACCGAAGAUCGCACUCACUGAAACACGACACAUGCUCUCUGUUUGAGACGCCACCGACCACGCUGCAGCAACAGCGGAGAUGAAAAAGGGAGCGAACAGUUAAGCUCCUGAACUUAGAGGAAGUUUGGGAGUUGGGACAACGACCGGGAGUUACCCCACUGCAUCCUGUAAUAUCAGACCCACUUCCACCAAACAGCAGUGAAGACCACCUCAUUACAUCAAGUUUCUGUGUGUGUGUGUGUGUGUGUGUGUGUGUGUGUGUGUGUGUGUGUGUCUGCUGUCCUCCAGGUCCUGUCGGAGACGUCCUCCUCCAAGGUGGGCAGUUAUCGCCUCUUCUCGCUCUGCUCUCGUCAGUCCCCUGAGAUGAAGCAGAGUGGAUUAGGUAGGUGUUAUUUAUUACAUCUCGUUUCCACGGUAACCCUGUGUACAAAUGGCAGUGUAAAAUGGCUCCGAGUGCGGGGGACUGAACAGGUUUCAUGAGAGCUCUCUUUGUCUGUGGGGACGUCAUCAUCAGAGCUGUCUCCAGUCUUCACCUGUGCAGGUUUCCUGAGCCAGAGGACUCCUGACAGGCGCUCUGACACUAACGACCAGAUUUAAGGUCAAAUCGGAGCUUCUGCUUAAGCUGCAGAAGUUUGUUUCAUGGAUGUCAAACUGUGAAGUUUGUGCUCCAGAUUCCAGGACUGAGAUCAUAAUCCUCCUGGAGUAAAAAGGGUUGUUGUUUUUUUGUUUUAAUUUUGAGUUUAAUAAUGUGAUCAUCAAUCUCAGACAGAGGUGAACCCGGUGAUGACUAGAUGAUUAGAGUCAUUCCAGACCGACUCUGUCUGAUCUGAAGGCGAUCAAAUCAUUCAGUCUGUUCUGGAGGACUGGAUGUCUUUGGACUCAGAUCCUGUUCACUGAAGGUCCAACAAAAACCCGCCCCGAGGUGCUGCCCGGGUCAUUUCAAAGGAUGUAAAUGGAAAUGUUAAUUUAGACCAUGUCAAAGGAAAACGUAUCCACCUCCUCUACCCUCGAUUCAUCAUAGUUCACUUUUUAAUUGUUGUUUCUAAAAUAUUCUGAUGAUGAUCAAUCUGAUAUCAAUAAAAGUUUUUAAUUCUGAUCAACAAGUAUAAGAUGAAGAAGUGAUUUAAAGAAACACAAACAUGACGGAUGUCUUUUCAGAACUGUUUACAUGUAAUGAGAACAAGUUAUAUUCAAUAAACAGGAUUAUUAUUAAUUAUGAAGAGGUAGAUAGAUAGAUAGAUAGAUGGAUCCAUGUACGUACAUCCAUAGGUAUAAAAUUAUAGCUCAGAUUAUAGAUUCAGUAAUUAUGAUUAUAAUGGUAAUAAUAGUUUGAUAAGGGAUAGAGUUAUUGUUAUAGAUGUAUAGUUAUAGAUAUAAAGGUACAUAGAUAGUCAUGAAGACAGUGAAUUUUAUUGAUGAACGAUAAUGAGGAUCAAUAAUGAUCUCUUUAUCAUUUGACACAGACUCAGUGUUGACUCUGACUGUCUUUUCUCUUUUCACGCUACCCUUUACACUGUCUUUGGUCACAGUUAUGCCACAAAGCAUUCUGGGAAAUGAAGUAAACAGAUGAAGACAAAAAUGUCUUUUUUCUGAAAGCAGCUCUUGAUGCUUUGACUGUUUCUGAAUAAGAGAGCUGUGGAGUGUCUGUGUGGUCCUGGGAGGAGCUCAGAGACACAGACGAUGUGGGAGGAGCUGCGUGGCGUCCUCGGGGAGCUGUCUCUUUUCUCUGUUUUCUCUCUUUUUUUCUCUUUGUCUGUUUGUAAUAGUGUAACAGCAUGAUAAGUAGAGGUGACUAACACCCCACCCCCCACCCCCCCCCUCUCAGGCUCUCAGUGCGCCGGCCUCUUCAGCACCACCGUCCUCGGUGGGUCCUCUAGCGCCCCUAACCUGCAGGACUACGCACGCGCACAUCGCAAAAAAUUCUCCACCGGCAGUCUGUCCUACAAAGACGGUACGUGUUCGAGACGGCGCUCCUCCUCCUCCUCCUCCUCCUCCUCCUCCUCCUCCUCCUCCUCCACCACGCUACACAGGGCAACAGCAGAUCAGAGACACACACUCAGAGCAGAGACCAGCUGCAGGUGGAGUUAGAGUGAAACACAGCAGUCAGGUCACGCUCAGAGUGACAGGACAAAGCAGGGGUGUCAUGUCUGCUCACACAUACCUUUAAGAGUUCUGUUUGUAGACUCCAUGCUCAUUCCGGCCACUGGAUUAUUUUCCAUCUUUUAUUUUCCUCCACACCACCCAGAGUCAGUCUGGUGUAGCUUUCAGCAGUUUGCUGAAACAGCUGCUGCUUCAGGCCCCCAUGCAAACGCACUCACAGGACCCCGAGUUUGAGACGUGCACAGUCGUAGAGCCCAGAUUUAAGCAGAAAGGGGGUGUUUGUGGAGGAGAGGGUGGAGCGGGAGAGGAGUCAGAGUUUCCCCCACUCCUCUCCAGCUCCACCCUCUCCUCCACAAACAAGACAGUAUCAUUUCUACGCAUAUAUAUGAUAUUUCUUACAUAAUAAUAUAUGUCUAAAGAUGGUAUUAUUGAUCAGUAAUGGAUCCAGAACCACCAAAGCCCAGGAUCAGACCGGGCGUGGGUCUUUGUCUCUUCUUACACUCAGUCUGUGAUGGUCAGAAACAUCAGCUCAGGGUUCAGGUGUAUGAAAGCUGAGUGAGCUUUGGGUCUGUGGAGGGUUCUGGCUGAGUGUUAACGGUUCGUCCACGUUGGCGGCGUGUACCUGGCGUGAACGGAGCAGCAGAGGUCAGAGGUCAGGGCAGCAGCUCAGUCAGUCUCUGAAAGCUCCAUAUUGAUCCGUUUCUGUGUCAGAUCUUCUGCAUGUUUAAAGCUGCCGUCCAUCAGUACCUGUCCGUUAACCCCACCCCCCCUCUUCAUCACACGCCAUCAUGACCCCUCCCCCACCAUGUGUUUGUGUUCAUCAUGGCUGCACUCCCUUCCUGUGAUACUUUACAGAUAUACCUGUAGAUAUCAACCCAUCUCUGCGUUUCGAGUUAUUCCUCCCUCUAUGGUCAUGGACGCCAUUUUAGAUCAGACACAGCCCCGCCAUAAGACUCCGCCUACUAUUGAGGUGCUUUCUCACAUUUUUUAUCACCUGAAAAGUGAAACAGUUGAUUUAAAUGUGCAUGAAUUCAUGGAUUAUACAUGACUUCUUCAAACUGUUAUUUUUAUUGAGAAUGAAAUCUUCAUGAUUAUUAAACUCUGUUAUUCGUGAGUUAACAUCUGCAUUACACUCAUUCACAGACUUUCAAACUCUCUCAAACUGACGCACUCUAAACUCAAAACAAAUUUAAAUAAAGUGAACAUUAAUAAGUAGAAAAAAAACCUUUUUAUCGCUUGUGUAACUGGAUAAUAAGAAUUAAAAUAAACACAUGCAACAGGAUCAGGGACCAUGCUUUAUACUCGGUUAUCAGUGCAAAUGAGCACAUGAGGAAAUACAUGAGAUCGUAAAAGUCAAAUACUUCAGCAGAAAGGGUGUGUGUGUGGAGGAGAGGGUGGCUCCUCUCCAGCUCCACCCUCUCCUCCACACAAAAACACACUCUCUCACCUUUAGCUGGAAAAUGUUCAGCCUCUCUGUCCAGCAUUAACCCCCGACCUCCACCUUCAUCCUGAUCGUCCCCUAAAAGGUCGUAUCCUCCGAUCGUAGCUGAUCGUAACCAUUCAAGUUAACGUGUCAAUUUACACCGACUUCUUUCCGUUCCUCUGCGGAUCGCCGGACUCCUCAGCUGAUCACAAGAGUUCUAGUUUUUCUGGACGCCGGAGCAUGGCGGAUAAAUUCAGCACAGAUUAACCCGUGCUGGAAAGGAAGUCGGGCACAGACACAAAAUAAAACAUCCGGCUUCUUUUCAAAAUAAAACACGAACGACGAACAAGAGGAUCGUAUUUCACACCAUGCAAACGGGCGGAGACGAACAAGUCUCCUCUGGAAGGACACAAUCUACUGCUUAUAUGUCUAUGUGUCUGUCUUUAGAGAGACAACUCGUUAUCGCGCGAUUGAAUGUGAAUCCCCGGGAUUCCUGCUGUCUGUAAUCCGCCACAAAAUUCGCCCCACAAACGGAUCCGGUAGGAAUUGGCGGACGGCGAAAAUCAUCACCAUUCCAGAUGCGGUGUAAAUCCGGGUUUAAGCUCGUACGCGCCUGCUCCUCUCCCUGCUCCUCUUCCUGCUUCUCUCUCCAAACUGGCAGCUAACCAAUAGUUUUGUACGGCUGUAGCACAACCCGCAUUACACCGUUAGCGUCCGAGAUCUGAGCUGCUGAUGAUGAAGCUAAAGCGAGAACUUUUUGAGAGGGAGGACAGAGAGAGAGAGAGAGGGUACCAGGAUAUAAUGGUGGAGAGAGGAGAGCGGCGAGGAAGGUGUGUGUGUGUGUGUGUGUGUGUGAAAAGCCAAGGGACAGAGUGAUCUGUACACCUGCUGCAAACUGAAUAGUAAUAAAAGUCCAAGUUUAACGACUGUUGGGCUAAAAACUGAGAGAUAUCGCUCUGACAUCGUCAUUGGUCUUUUUGUAAAAGUUUGAUUUGUUCGAUUUGCAGUCUGCGAUAAAUGUAAAAGAGCUUCACUUCUCUAAAAAUACGAAUGAAAUCUGUGAUUUAGUUCAGAGACUGAAGUCAAAGCUCUUUAAAGUCCUGGUUGACGAUCUGAGAAGCAGUUGAAAAGCCGUUCAGGCAGAAUUGAAAAAAGCAUCCCACCCCCCCACACAAACCCCUCCCCUCUGUGCUCCACCAUAACGCCGCCCCUGAACCUGUACCGCCCUUUCCCUGACACACCCCCUCUGACAGAAGGUUCUACGCUAGCUUCAAACAGGAUCCACCAUGUCGGAUCGUUAGUGACUAGCGGCGGUAAACGCCAGCUCUGUUAGCGAGCGCCGUCUGCAGCUACCGUGUUGACAUGUCAGAGACUAAUCAGAGUUAUUUAUGUAACAUGAGAUAAAAGGAGAUAAAAAUGACCUGUUCAACUAAAACUCUGUCUCAGCGUCUGUUUUCUCCACCGCUCCAAGGAUGACCCGAUGGUUAUUCACGUUAGAUUCCUCGCUUGGUCACAUGUCCUCUUUGACUCCGCCCUUUCUUCGGUCGGCUUGCGUUCUCGUCCCACUUUUGGCGGUGGGGUGAGCAGAAGUGUUUUUAUUUUUUUGCGUCCUUCUCCAUCACUAGAAGUGCUGGGUUCUGAUUGGUUAUUCCUAAAGGCGGUGAAAUGUCAUCGUCUGUCGGUUGAACAGAUUCAGAAUUGUGAUAAGGUUCUGUUUAAUGUACAGAGCCGACUGCCCGCGUCUGGCCUGAGGAAUCAAUGACGUUUCCAGCUUUUCUAGUCAAUCAGAGGUGAAGGAGGCGGGACUUUCUCCUACCAUCCUCCAAAAAAAAAAUAUCCCGGAUGGCUCCUAUUGGUCAAUUUUUUUGCAACCCUGCACCUGAUUGGGCGAACAGAUUUUUUCUGUUCUUUUUUUUCUUCACUUUGUGGAGAUCACACUAUAGGACCAUGAUCGCCAUAGAAACGAGGUUCAUAAUAAUAACCAAUCUCUACAAUCGUCAACCUUGACUUUAAGAAUGGUCAAGAAUGGAUUCACUCGUUCAAUAAUAUCCGAGACGGACAGAUGAGCUUUGGGAAACCACAGAGGUGAAAACUCUCAUAAAUAAACACUCAUAAUUACAAACUUUUAUUCUUAUAUCGUGAUUUUCUUUCUUCAGUUUUAAGGAGGUUUUUAAGAGGUGUAAAUGCCUGUGAUGCAGAUGUCUAAAUCAUGAGUAAUCAAACUCUCAGGGAAAUGUUCGGUACAUUCUCAGACCUCCAUCCUCCCUCAGACACUGUUCUCUGUCUGUGCUCACACCUUCUCUUCCACUAUCUCUAAAUAAACAUUCAAUUCAGUCCGAAUGUUCCCCAACAUGCGGCUCUGCUCGCCCCCGACACGUCUGUCUAUUGUCGUACCGUCCACUAGGUGUCACUGUGGUAUCGUACAGGCGGUCUCACGUGUCCGCGGCCUGCUGUGGGUCUCUGUCAUCCAUCUUGUUUCACCUCAUGUUUCGAGGCAGAUGAAGCUGUGGUGUGGUCCUGUUUACACACACACUGUCUCACUGAGGAAACUGUCGCUGUGGUUAUACUCACAGGUUUGCCUCUCUGCUGCUCAGGGUCUGCUCCUGAUUCUCUCUGUUGUCGUCUGAGUGUGACGGGCCGCCUGUCGCUGUUUGAGCCCUUUUUUUUACGGUUCUGGGUAGAGCUCACACAGGAUGAGGACAGAAAGUCAGGCCCGAAUAUGGAGCUCAUGUCUGCAGGUUUUACCUUUUCUUUUUGUGUACCUCCUAAUUUCAACAUCUCAUCCCACCUCGUCAUGAGAAGAUGUUCCUUCAUCUGUUGCCUCACAGCCAUCUUUGAACAUGGUUAAACCUCUUCAGAGAUCAGACUGAACACCCUGAAACACUGUCCACCAGGCGUUAGCUGAUCCUUCCUCAGAGCGUCCACUUUAGCCAGAGCAGGGACAUGAUCAAACAUGACCAACAGUCUCUGUGGCUCAUAGUAACACUAGUGAAUUAUUUUUGUUUUAUUUCCUCAGAGUUGUUGUCUAUGCCGGCAGUAAAACGAUUUUCUGUGUCGUUUGCAAAGUAUCCGACUAAUGGUACGUCUGCUUCUUUCAAGUAUUUCUCCACUUCACCUCCCUCUGUCUGCAUGUCUUCUUCAGUCUUUUCUUUUUGGACCUUGGGUUGUUUUUCUUUGUUUCCACAUGGCCCUGCAGCAUUUCAGGUUUCCGUUUGAUUCUUUUUUUCUAAUGGUUUUGAUUUUUAUUUACCCAUAUACUUUCCUAACACUACCUGACAUUCUCUCUCUAACCAGGGUUCCCAUGGUCCUUAAAUGUGUGAAAUAGAAAGAUGUCAGAGACGGGGAAGGUCAGCAGGUUCAGACAGAGGUGCCGCAGUUCAGCAGAAACACAGACGCAGUUUUUACACGACUCCAUAAGAGUCUGGACAGAAUUUGAUGGUUUUCAUCGAAUCGUUUAAAGUCUGUUUUUGAUUAAAAUAGAACAAAGACAACAGAGAGGAAAAUUAGGAAGAGAUUCAGGACUCUGUGAGAGACUGCGUGAGCGAACAGUUCAACAGUUUCAGAAUAAAGUUCCUGAGUGGUUUUCAGAUCAGACACGACUCUGGAGUGGAAAUCACCGCAUGGAAAGGACAACUGGACUUACUUGAGACGCUUCGCCUUAAGUGAAACGUCUCAAGUAAGUCCAGUUGUCCUUUCAACAAAGAAUUGGAAAUCCUGGACUCUGCAGGACCAAAAACCAGGACUGGAUGGUCCUGAUCUUCAGAGCAUUAAAAACAGACAGGACUCUACAAUCAGAGACCUUUUUGGACUAGAGCCCGUUGAAGGGGGACAAGCUUGUCCUGGGGUCUGACCAAUCAAAAUUUGACAGUCUUAUUGGAAAUCGUGGACUCAAAGGAGACCCUGAACUGUUGAUCAGCUGAAAUCCUCUAUCAGGCCAGAAUGGAGUUUUUCUACUCCAGAACCUGGUCUGCCGGGUUCACCUGAGUGUUGGGAAAUGAAGAGCUAAAACAUGACUUUUCAUCAACAACACUCGUCAGUUUCAGUUCAGAGAUGUCGUCUUUGCUCUAUUUUAGAAAAAUCAAAGGAUUCAGUCAUCAGAGAACAUCCAGAUCUGUUUUCAUCUCCAGUUUUUACCUCAUCCCAACCUACCCUGACUCCAGGUUGUGUUUGUGAGAGCGUUAACGACAGCAGAGAUGAAUGGAAAUCAUUUUUACACUCAGCCGUUUUUAGUGUCUUUUACUCUGCAUGAGUUCAACACAUCAGCCGUGUUCAGACGAAAAGCAAAGUUUCCACCCGUGAUGUCUGUGGAGUCCUCAAGUUCUCGGUGCUUCAAGGUUCAGUCUGUGCGUGCUUGAAGUUUGAGGUUUUAGAUGAAAUUAUCAACGUGCGCGUGAUUUUCAUCAGAACUAAAAUAAACUCUAAUCUGCAAAUUCAUCACCCUCAACACAAAAUCUGCAACAGCGUAGAGCAGAUCUGCUUCAGCUUUUUUCAGCACAAGCAAACAGGUUCUGAAUGUAAAGUCAUGUCGGCUGUCAUCAAAACAAACUCCAACUUCAGAAGAGCGAUGUGAAGCUGGUCGGACUCUUGUCUAAAAGAAAGACCUGGUAGACCUGAUCCUGAGGUCAUUAUUUCAACAUCCUUUCAACCUUUAAGUCAUUAAAUCAAAAUCAAAUCUGUAAAUCUCUGAAUCACAGUCAGUUGGCUUCGGUGAAACUCAUGAAAAACUGUGCAACAGAGACUCUGCAAGGACUAAAACAGCGAAACUGAGACUGCAGCGACUAAAAACAUCAGACUGAGAAUCUAUAGGGACUAAAACAGUCAAACUGAGACUCUGCAGGGACUAAAAACGAAGAACUGAAACUCUGCAGGGACUAAAACAGUGAAACUGAGACUGCAGGGACUACAAAAGAAGAACUAAGACUUUGCAGGGCUUAAAACUGUCAAACUUUGACUCUGCAGAGACUGACAAAAAGAACAGAGACUCUGAAGGGACUUAAAAGUGAAACUGAGAAUCUGCAGGGACUCGAAGCGUAAAGCUGAGACUGCAGUGACUUAAAACAGUGAAGCUAAGACUCUGCAAGGACUCAGACAUUCAAACUGAACUGUGAGAGACUUAAACAGUUAAACUGAGACUCUGCAGGGACAAAAACCUGAAACUGAGACUCGGCAGGGACAAAAACCUGAAACCGAGACUCGGCAGGGACAAAAACCUGAAACUGAGACUUGGCAGGGACGAAAACAGUGAAGCCGAGUAUCUGCAGGGACUAACACAGUGAAACUGAGACUCUGCAGGGACUAAAAAAGAAGAACCGAGACUCGACAGGGACUAAAACAGUCAAACUGAGACUCUGCAGGGACUAAAAACCUGAAACUGAGACUCGGCAGGGACGAAAACAGUGAAGCCGAGUAUCUGCAGGGACUAAAACAGUCAAACUGAGACUCUACAGGGACUAAAACAGUCAAACUGAGACUCUGCAGGGACUAAAACAGUGAAACUGAGAAUCUGCAGGGACUUGAAGCAGUCAAAGCUGAGACUCUGCAGGACUAAAACAGUCAAGCUAAGACUCUGCAAGGACUCAGACAUUCAAACUGAACUCUGAGAGACUAAAACAGUUAAACUGAGACUCUGCAGGGACUAAAACAGUGAAACUGAGACUCUACAGGGACUAAAAAAGAAGAACCGAGACUCGACAGGGACUAAAACAGUCAAACUGAGACUCUGCAGGGAAUAAAACAGUCAAACUGAGACUCUACAGGGACUAAAACAGUCAGAACCGAGACUCGACAGGGACUAAAACAGUUAAACUGAGUAUCUGCAGGGACUAAAACAGUGAAACUGAGACUUGACAGGGACUAAAACAGUCAAACUGAGACUCGGCAGGGACUAAAACAGUCAAACUGAGACUCGGCAGGGACGAAAACAGUGAAGCCGAGUAUCUGCAGGGACUAACACAGUGAAACUGAGACUUGACAGGGACUAAAACAGUCAAACUGAGACUCUACAGGGACUAAAACAGUGAAGCCGAGUAUCUGCAGGGACUAAAACAGUCAAACUGAGACUCUACAGGGACUAAAAAAGAAGAACCGAGACUCGACAGGGACUAAAACAGUCAAACUGAGACUCUGCAGGGACUAACACAGUGAAACUGAGACUCUACAGUCAUCUGGUGAUUUGAACACAGACAGGACAGAGUCUGGUUUUCUGACUCUGAGCUGAUGUGGUUCAGGACUCUUCAAACAGACUCGGGGAAACUUUGCUCUGGGUGUGAACACAGCUUUAACUCGGUCAUCUCGUCUGUCCAUCCUUCAGUAAUCUUCAUCCUGAGGAGGUUACCCUCAUGUUUCUGCUAACCCCACAGUUACUGCUGCCAUAGUGACGUAUCCACUGUGAACCCUGUAGUUCAGUAUGAGGACUCUGCAGGUCUCUGUGUACGAUUACAAAAGCUUGAAUUAUUCUGAUACUGCUGUAACUGACCGGUUAUUUUCUGGUCUCCGCAGUAUUGAAGUGUAAAAUGUCGUUUCUUCUUCAGCAGAGAAAGUGUUUACGACGUUCUUUAAUCAUGAGGUUCCUGUUAGAGGAGUCUGAGUGUGUUCACAAGCACUGAGGAUCCUGCUCUCAUCAGAUUGUUCAGUAUCUUGCUUUUGUGUUUGUGCUCCUAAACAUCAAAUCCUGAUUUUUCUACCUGGAGAUCUCUGACAGAAAACCUAAAGUUCAGGUUAGGAUGAAGAGAGUUUAAGAGACACUGCUGUAAUAAUCCAUCAUUUCAUGCACAUCAGACCCUGAAUUAAAGGUUUCAGACGGGGAUUUUAACCGUCAACCGUUCUUUUGACCAUCAUUGGUAAUCAGAGGAGCUGUGUUUGUGUUGAGAUGAUGAUCUCAGCCCAUGUCCAUAGGAAGUAUUCUGCCCCAUUUAUCUUCUGUCUCUUCCAUGUUCUGCUUUCCUGCACAGGUGUGGCCUCAGCCAGGUAAACAUGGCUGCAGUAUGGAGAGCAUGUUACCAAAGAAGGAAAAACUAAAUUAAUGAAUUUUAGUUCAGCUUUCUGAGUUUGGCUCCAAUCAGGGGCAGAACCAGGUCUGAUCUGGGCUCCAGUUUAUCCCACCUGGCCACUCCUGUUAAAGUGGGAGCCUCAGUUUGGCCCUCCAAGACCAACAUCAGUGGACCUAGAAGCUGUCUGAGAUAAGACCAUCCAACAUCAGUCGUCCACCUGACCUGACUCUCACAGAGACCCUUUAAAUCCUCCAACUUUAAUCAGCUGAUCCCUUUAACCCCACCCCUCAGUCAGCGCAGCAUCUAUUUACACUCAUAACACACGCGAAAAGAAAGGGUCAAUCCGUCUAUUUUGAAACCGUCAGUCUCUGUCUUUCCCCUCAUGAGUUCACGUUAGAGUUGGAGUCUUUCUGAGCCAAAGAUGGGAACCCUGUUUACCAUCCUGCACACAGUCUCUAUGAUCUCCACCCGCUCCUCUCUCUCUCUCUGUUACUUCAGGUGUGUAUGAGUGUGUGAGUGUGUGCACGUGUUCACAGUAAAACCAUAAACACACACCUGUCGGCAUCACCGAGCUCAUCGCUGAAUGUUUAACCCUUCAUCCUCCUCUUCAUCUCUGUGAAUCUGAAUUGAAGACGUGAACACUGACAGACAGACAGACAGAUGAAGGGUUAAACUCGGUCCAUCUCAUGUCCUGAACCCUCCAUCAGUCCUGGUCUCACUCAGAGCACAGGUGUGUUUGUUCAGUGUGUGUUCAGGGUCAGAAUCAUGUUCCCUCUGGGUCUCUGACAAAGAUGUUUGGGAUCUUCUCUGGGCUGAGAGCUGAGCCUGUCCUUCAGCUCUGGACCAUCAGAGAGGGUUUGAGGUCUUGGUCUCAGUCUGGAUGUCGGUUUGCUUUGUGAGCACUUUGGUCUCUCAGGUUGUUUUAGUGGAGUGGUUGGAGAAAAUGUUCCUGAUUGGCUGAUAUUGUGGCUGGUGUGAGCACAGAUUUCACUGAACAUCAAGCAAAGGUUAGACUCUGAGUUUGUAAAGCUAGGUUAGGGCUGGGCGAUAUGGGAAAAAGUUUAUCAUGAUAUAUUAUUGAUCAUAUCAGCUGAUAUCGAUCAAUAUCAGGAUAUAAAACUCUAACAGUGUUUAUUGGUCUCAUGUCUUUUCCAACACAAUAAUCUCCUGCAUCUGUGAGAUCUUUGUGUCUCUUUGGCGUUUUGUCGUAAGGCGUUCCUCUAGAGAAAGACGACUGAAUGUUUUGGCUGCACAGGCGCCAUGGGCUCCUUGCGCGUGCUCUGCGGCGUGGCGCUGCUUCAGGUGGUGAAAAAGAUUUGAGGUAUUCCCCGACUUUGUGAGAACAUGUACUCGACAUAAUUUACAGUCCACAUUACUCUGCUUCAUGUCCGACCUCCAAAAACCAAAAUACCUCCACACCACCGACGUUUUCCUAACGCCAGUGUUGUGGUUGACAUUGAUGUGGUCAUCUGUUGAGCCUUCAUGGUCAUUUCUGUCGGGGGUAGCACUCAUUUUCUUUGUUUCUCACCAACAGUGCUGUCGGCUUCACCUGUUAAAGUGCUAUGGUUGGGUGGAGCUGCUGUCUGCUACGACGCUGCAGUUGGUUGAUACUUGGUUCUAAUUCAGAACAUGAUUGGUUCAGACCCGGAGAAACUCCCCUUUUUAUUGGCUGUUCGUAAAGUCGACCAAAACAUGACAGAAUGACGACUAUUGAAAAGUAUAUUGAUCAUGAUUUAUAUUGAUAUUUAGGGAAAUUAGUUUUCAAUAUAUAUCGUUAUCGGUUUAUCGCCCAGCCCUAAGCUAGGCCCUAUUUUUACAGAUUUUAACUCCGAGGAUUUAAAGACAAAGACACUCUGAGUGUCUGCAGCAGGUAAACGGUCUCUAACAUAAACAACAUGAUCCUUGAUGGACCAAAGAGGGUCAUUCACCAAAAGUUCUCGUUCCUGUCAGGGUCAGAGUGUCUCAGAACAAUACUCUUCAAGUAAGCGUUGUUUUUCACCAGAAACAGUAGUGAGAGCUUUCUUCAAAUAGGCCAGAGUACACUGAUUUAAAACAGGAAGUUAAAAAAUCUGGUUACAAGAGUUUGAAGGCUGCACAACAUUUUUAUAACAACUGAAGAAGAUGGUUUGUAAGCUCUGGAAAGUCCAUUACUGAGUGUAAAUGGAGUCAAAACAGCAAAACAAAUGUUGAGACUGAAGAACGUCAAAUGGAAAAUAAAAGUUCAUUUUGGAGUCGAUGGAGGAACAUGUUCAAAAGUUCUGGUAGAGGAACAACCAAACAGGUCAAAGGUUGAGAGACUGAGUGACCUAACCCCCAAUUUUCACUGAAUCCACCGCAUUCCUGCUGGAUCUGUUGGUGAGGAGAAUUUCGUGGCGGAUUACAGACAGCUGGAAUCCCGAGAACUCACAAGAACUUGUGGAUUCACGUUCAGUCGUACGAUAACGAGUCGUCUCUCUAAAGACAGACACAUAGACAUAUAAGCAGUAGAUUGUGUCCUUCCAGAGGAGGAAAUCUACUUCUAGACUUCUAGAAUCAGCAUCUCCUCAUCCAUGGUGUCAUCGGGGUGAAAUGACGUCUAAAAACCUUUCACUUGUUCGUCUCCGCCCGUUUGCAUGGUGUGAAAUACGAUCCUCCUGAAACACGGAGUGUUUUAUUUUGAAAAGAAGCCAGAUGUUUUAUUUUGAAAAGAAGCCGGAUGUUUUAUUUUGUGUCUGUGCCCGACUUCCUUUCCAGCACGGGUUAAUCUGUGCUGAAUUUAUCCGCCAUGCUCCGGCGUCCAGAAAAAAUAGAACUCUUGUGAUCAGCUGAGGAGUCCGGCGAUCCGCAGAGGAACGGAAAGAAGUCGGUGUAAAUUGACACGUUAACUUGAAUGGUUACGAUCAGCUACGAUCGGAGGAUACGACCUUUUAGGAGACGAUCAGGAUGAAGGUGGAGGUCGGGGGUUAGACUUCAACAGUUUCAAAAUAAAGUUCCUGAGUGGAUUUCCAGUCCUGCACUGAUGCGGUCCGGUCAGUCUCAGUAUUUCAAAUGCUGUCUUUAAGGACUUGAAAUGAUCUACAGACCAUCAGUCUGUGUCGAUCCUCAUGUCCCACAGCCUGGGUCGUCCCUCCUCUGUUUGUCUCUCACGUUUAUAUCAUCCACCACAGGAACUAAAGAUGACACGGCCGCUGCUGCAGUGGGUCCACCUCUGUGGUGCACUGCUGAAGGUACGAUGGGACCCUGCUCUGCUCCGCCCCCUGCUGGUGCAGUUGUGUGUUUUCACUGAGUGUGCAGCUGCAGUUGUCGGUUGUUUGGGUUGGUUGGAUGUCUCUGCAGCAGCGUGUUUCCAGUGUCUGAAGGCUAAAACAUACAGGAUGUGUAUUUGGAGCGUGUAUCAGCAGCAAAUACGUUUCUUUUCUAAUCAAUACAGCAGAGCGUACAGGACGUGUAUCAGCUCCAUUGCAGCAUCGUAUCGAGAGCAGCUCUGCUAAAGAUACACGGCGAGUCGUUUUUCUCUGCUCAACGCUUCCAAUGCGCGUCACAUCGCACAGAGAAGAUCGUUCCAGACAGGAAGUCAAGCAAAAAAAAUGCGCAUGUCAUCCGGUUGCUCUACGCCGCUGUUACGCUCCAAAUACACUGAUCCUGGAUGUGAUACCCAACGCUGCUCUACGGCGAAAAUAUGGAUCAGUGAGCUCGAUAUGGAUCCUGGAUGUUUUCAGUCUGAGAGUGUGUGUGUGGGCUUCCUGUGCGUCUGCAGUCGUCCCCUUUGCUCCUCUGGGACGCUGCAGAGGAGCAAGAACCUGUUUGACCCCCCCGCCCGCCCCGUCCUGUUUGCUGUGUUGUUUGGGGGGGGGGGCUGAUUUGAAGUGCUCUGUGCUGCUUCAGAGGAUUGGCUGCCUCUGGUUAUCAGCUGUUUGUUGCAUUUGCACACGAACACACACAUGUACACAAACACACAUACACAUACUCCCCUCCUCUCCUUUCCUCUCUUCUAUCUCCACCUUUCACCUCCUCGCUCCUCCACCCAGCCUUCCUGUAUUCUUCGCUCAUAUCCUUUUCUUGUGUAUCUCUGGUGUUGCUCGUCCUCUUUCUUCACUCUCCCACCUCCUUCAUCCACCUUGCUCCUCCUCUCCUCCUCCUCCUCCUCCUCCUCCUCAGAGCCCCUGGAGGAGCAUCAUGUGGCUCAGUUAUUGAGGCGUUUCUCCUCAGACCUCAGCCUGGGUCAUCACCUCCUCCUGGACGGAGCUCUGGCUCAUCACCUCCACCAGUGCUCCUACCACCUCCGCCUCCUCAGAAACUGGCUCAUCUCCGGCCAGGAGCCCGUAGAGUACCUCCACGGUCAGCUCCGCCCCCUGUCCCGCCCUCCUCCUCCUCCUCUUUACUCACAGCUCUGAGGUCCCUGCAUGCUGCCUGCCUCUCUGGUUUCAGACUCUAACUGGACUGCUGUGAGCUCCUUGGGUUUUCUGACCCCCUCCCCACCCCCAACCUGCACCACCCAAGACCCCAAAACACAAAGAUACACUGAUGGGUCUCACAAAGACUGUAAAACAAAGCAGCUGGAUCAGGAUAGAACAGGACUCUCCAUAAUACAGUCAGGUGUGUUCACACUAAAGACCAAAGUGUCCCAUCAUGAAAUAAAACCAAACAAACGUACUCUGUUUCUUUUCUCAUCGCUCAAACCUGUGAGAUCUGCACUCAUUCACUGAAUGAUAGGAUGGAGUUUAAAGGGAUAGUCUGGCGUAAAAUUAAUUCAGGGUCACCGAGUUAGACCCCCCCUCCAGAGAUGAAUGUUGUCGACCGCUUGCUUCUCUAGUUAUACCAACUUUAGUAACGAUACAGAGAGCCACGCCCCCAACCAAAACGCCACUCUAUAGCCACAAAUAAUGCUCAGAACAGCACCUAACUUCAUCAACAGGACAUAUAGGGUCACAGACAUAGUAUUAUAUUCAGAGUUGUUCUAACUCCUAAGAAAACAUAAACUUAAGUGGGGGCGUUUCUCCACUUCUGUAGUCUAUAAGCUGGGCCAAUAAACUUCUACUGUAGUAACAUGAAAAGGUAAAGGUGUUUUUAUUGAGCCGAAUUAUCAAUAAAAUCAUGAUUUUGUUAACAGGUAUGGAUUUAUGUGCUGUCGAGUUAAUUUAUUUGAACAAGAGCACAGUAAAGUUAAAUCAGCUAAUUUUCCAAUGAGGUUCUGUUACUGAAUGGAACUACACCAUGUUCUACUGAGGUUAGUACAUAUAGGGUCACAGACAUAGUACUAGACACCAAACAUCUUUUUAACUUUGACUCAUUUCUUUAGCAAAGAGACUAAACACAACUCACCUACUCUCUUCCAGCAGACGCUUGUUUGUAGCGAGACCUCAGAACAACUCUGAAU